CUGGACAAACUUUACGAACUGGGAGAUAUUUCACUUCAGUAUCAGCCAGAACGAAUUAUACGAAGAACAUGGGGUUGUGGACAAUCUACUGCACGAGAUGGCCACCUUGCCUAUAGUUCAUGUAGAACAGAAAGAAGGCGGGACCCAGUUGAAGCUAGUGAUCGAAUACGACAACGGAGAAGAAGCUUUAUUCAAGCCAAUGAGAUUUCCGAGAGAUCGAGAAACGGAUCCCAAUCAUUUCUAUUUUACAGACUUUGAAAGACAUAAUAGUGAAAUUGCUGCUUUCCAUGUUGACAG